UCGCAGUAAUAAAGAAUAGCUCAUUUAGGAUGUCAUAAUACUCAGUUUGGUCUAGUGAAAAACCUUUUCCUCGGGAAAAUUAGGCUAGUUUUUGGUCGGUUCAGCGGUUCAAUGUGUUAGUUAGUGUAUUACGUUUGGUCUGAGAACGUCGCGCUGAAAACGCGCGUGUGGCGAGUCGCGUGUCGCGUAGAAAAAAAACGACAGGAUGUCCUCGACCGCUUGGGAGGACAACAAGUCCCGCUCGGAGACCCUUUUGUACCCGGAGAAAAAUGGUAGAUCAGCCAAUGGGACUCGGUUCAACGGUGGUCCUGGGAUUUCCAGGAAUGGGAGUCGUGAUGAGAACAAGUUGCACAAAAGUUUGGAGGAGAUCUCCAAGGACAUAAAAGAGUUGGAAGACUUUAUUUCCGUAACGGAGGAGAUAUUGAAGCGGGAACGGGAGUACGAUGAACAGCUGUACCGGCGGGAACGUCAACGGAAGGCAUUUGAGCGGAGGAUGCAACAGAUUCGGAACAAGUGUAGUCCAACGAAGAUGUGCUUCGGAAGAACCGAUAGUUCCAAGGUAAAGUCACCGACCUUUAAGGUCAACAUCACACAGAAACGCCGCAUCAAAACCUUCAGUCCACGAAGUUACAAAUCCCGGUUGUACUUCCGGAACGGCAAGAUAGGCUGCCUGGAAGCCGAGGAAGCUGUCUCGAACCUGAAAAGUACCCACGAGCUGGUAAAGCGGAUCAUCAACGAUGAAAACAACAUGUUGGUCAAAUUAGAACACCAGCAUUACACGAUGAAGGAAGAGGAUCAAAAGCAGCAGAAGUCACCACAGUCUCCACAGGUCAAGGUCGGGUCACCGAAGCUGGUGGCGGUAGGAACUCCGCUGGAGACACUCCAGGUGUGUGUCUCCGAGUCGGCAAGUUCGCUGUGCGAUGAACCGUUUAAAGGAUGUGUUGGUAAUGGUGAGGGAGGGGGAGGAGACAUGGGUGGCGCAAGUGACGAACCGGGGGAUAAUGUGUCGAACGUGUCGGAACCGACCAAGGUGGACGACAACAGUGCGAGUAACGAGCGGAUUAUCGAGGACAGGGAUGCCACGAGCCCCCAACCAAACGCUAACGAUUUCGUGACCGGGCGCCUGAGGCACCUGGCGAAUCGAUUUUCCGAGCGCACAAAACGGAUGCGAAACAAGCUGGAAAUACCGCCAACGCCCUCGAGCAGUGCCAGCGCCCCCUCGACCGCACCCUCCACCCAGAAGCACAACGUUGAAUUACGAGCUAUUCAGAACUCGGCGUUGACGCUCCAGUCGGCCACCGGAACCAACACCUGCACCCACCACUACUUCUGCCCGAUAUUCUGCGCGGGGACCAAAACCAACACCGUGCUCGACCCACAGGGCAAGUUCUACAUCUCGUGGCUGUUCAUCGUAUCGCUGUCGUUCCUGUACAAUGCCUGGGUCAUCCCGUUGCGAUCUUCCUUUCCGUACCAAACUCCGGAGAACACAAAGUACUGGAUCGCGGUGGACAUUUGUGCCGACGUGAUCUACCUGAUUGAUAUUCUGUUCGUGAAGCAUCGGGUCAUGUACCUGUUUGAAGGGUUCUGGGUAAAGGAUACCGAUCUCACCCGGAAGAACUACAUGCGGAAGUUGCAGUUCAAAAUGGAUCUUCUGGCGCUUAUGCCGCUAGAUUUGCUCUAUCUGCAGUUUGGAACGGAGCACGUGGUUUUCCGAGCGCCUCGACUGCUGAAAAUACAAAGUUUCUGGGAGUUCUUCAAACUUAUGGAUCGAGUGAUCUCGUCACCGCACAUGAUUCGUGUGGUUAAGACGCUCACCUAUAUGCUGUACAUGAUUCACCUGACGGCGUGCUCGUACUAUGCGUACAGUGCUUAUCAAGGUCUCGGUUCCAACCGGUGGGUCUUCAGCAACAAAGGCCACGCGUACGUGCGGUGUUUCGCAUUCGCCACCAAAACGGCGACCUCAAUCGGGAAGAACCCCAAGCCGGAAAAGGAAGGCGAACUGCUGUUCAUGACGGCCGCCUGGCUGAUGGGGGUGUUUGUGUUUGCCCUGCUGAUCGGUCAGAUUCGGGACAUUAUCGCAACCGCCACCCGGUCCAAGUCGGAGUACAAACAGCUGGUCGAUGAAACGUUGGAGUACAUGCGUCAGUUGAACCUGCCGACGGAUUUGCAACGGCGGGUCAAGAUGUGGUUCACGUUUACCUGGGAGCAGCAGCGAAGUUUGGACGAAACGCACAUUAUGGAUGCGCUGCCGGCGAAUUUGAAGACCGAUAUUGCCAUUUCGGUGCAUAUUCAGACGCUGUCUAAGGUUCAGUUGUUUGCUGAUUGUGAGGAAGCGUUGUUGAGGGAGUUGGUGUUGAAGUUACGAUCGGUUACGUUCCUACCUGGGGAUUAUGUGUGUCGCAAGGGAGAGGUUGGCAAGGAGAUGUACAUCGUGAAGACUGGACAGGUUCAGGUCAUGGGAGGUCCGCGGAGUGAUGUGGUGCUUGCGACUUUGUACGAAGGGUCUGUUUUUGGGGAGAUUAGUCUGCUUGCGAUAAAUGGGGCUGAAGGAAAUCGUCGAACUGCUGAUGUGCGAUCGAAAGGGUUCUCGAACCUUUUUGUACUAUCUAAAUCAGACUUGAAUGAGGCCAUCGUAUACUAUCCUAACGCACAAGCCAUCCUGAAGAAACGUGCCAAGAGUUUGAUGCGUAAGAACGCGGCCCGUGAAAAGGCCGAAUCUCAGCAGAGUAUCAACACCAACGACGCGGACACCGACGUGGUGAUUAGUAACCCUGAUCACACCACGUCGCCCAAGCUGCUGAAAACGGUCAUCCAAGCGUUACCGCGAGAGUCCGCAGCGGUUCAGCUGCUGACGCAGGGAUUCAAGGGAGAGCUUGGGGUUAAGGCAAACGGAGUUGAAUCCGCGAAAGCCGAUGAUGCAAUUUCAACGCACAGCUUGGAAGUUCACACCACCCAGGUGCAGAUCGAGAACGAGAAGAACGUCGAUCUACCGUGCGAUCUCAUGUACAGUAUUAAGAAGGAGCUGAUGGACAACAACAGCUACAUCAACUUGACUGACGCAGAAAAGUACGAACUGCUGAACGAGCUUUCCAAAGAGUCCAAAGAAGAUUACGAUCAGCAGAAAUCGCCCGUUUAAAUGUUGAACGAUGUUACACGUGCCACUAAACUCAACCUCCUGAAGCACUAUGUUAAUCUAUUCUUCUAAGAGUCUAAUAACUACGUAAUUUCUCACCCUAUACUCUUCUGAUAAAUUACCAGUUGUGUUGAACGUUGUCUUUCUAUAGCUGUUAUAAUCGGUACCCUUCGGCGUCAUAAAUAAAUGUCAGGAGUGGCCUCAUAAACCGAUCAAUGUCAAUGCCGAUAUUGCGCGCCGCGCCGAGAGAGUUACAUAUAUUUAUGUACUUUAACAUGUACGACCAAAAGGCUGGAUGCAAAUAAACGGAAAGAGUUGCAAAUUA